CCCAGCCUGGCUUCCGCGGUCGCCAUGACGGCGGCCGUGUUCUUCGGUUGCACCUUCAUUGCCUUCGGGCCUGCGCUUGCCCUCUACGUCUUCACCAUCGCCACCGAGCCGUUGCGCGUCAUCUUCCUCAUCGCCGGAGCUUUCUUCUGGUUGGUGUCUCUGCUGCUUUCGUCCCUUUUGUGGUUCAUAGCAAGCCACAUUACUGAGAACAAAGAUGGACCAACACAGAAAUAUGUGCUAAUCUUUGGAGUGUUGGUUUCAGUCAUAUUCAAGAAAUGUUCCGAUUUGCUUAUUAUAGACUUUAAAAAAAGCCAGUGAGGGUUUGAAGAGCAUAAACCCAGAUGAGAGUGUGCCAUCUAUGCGAUUGCUGGCCUAUGUUUCUGGCUUGGGCUUUGGAAUCAUGAGUGGAGUGUUUUCCUUUGUGAAUACCCUGUCUGACUCCUUGGGGCCAGGUAUUGUGGGCAUUCAUGGAGAUUCUCCUCAGUUUUUCCUUAACUCAGCUUUCAUGACGCUGGUUAUCAUAUUGCUGCACGUAUUCUGGGGUAUUAUAUUUUUUGAUGCUUGUGAGAAGAAAAAGUGGUACAUUCUUCUUGUAGUUCUCCUGACCCAUCUUCUGGUAUCCACCCAGAGGAUUGAACCUAGAGUCUCAUACAUGCUGCCAGACCUUCCUAAGUCCUCACUAUGGAAUAAAUCUGGUGUCAGCAUAUAUAAUUAUGGUGCUCAUGGGCAUCUGGGCAUUUUUUGUUGCGGGAGGCAGUUGCCGAAGCCUGAAACUCUGCCUGCUCUGCCAAGACAAGGACUUUCUUCUUUACCACCAACGCUCCAGAUAACCUCUGACAGUCAAUACCUACCAACAACAGGCUGUGUCAUUAGAGGAAGCACAGCAGUGCCUUUUUCUAAAAAAAAAAAAAAAGAAAAAAAGAAAAGAAAAAUAUCCCUUUUUCUGAUGGAAUUUUGGAAAAACUGUCUAGAUAGGAAUUCCAUUUGCUUGGCUUUCAAGAAACAGAUCUCUGAAAAGGAUGCCUCAGUGGUCUCCGUGCUGGCUGCAUGUUAAGAGUCACCUGGGAAACAUAAGUAAAGGAAUACUGAUUCAGGGUUCUUCACUCCAGAUUUGAUUGUCCUGAGCGUUUGGUAAUUUUCGAAAACUUCCGAGUAAUUGUGAUGUGCAGCAAGGCUGAGAACCACUGGGAUCCAGAUGGGAACUUCUUAAUAUCCUAAGUAAAUGUGAUUCUGGUAUUUAACUGUCUCCUGAUUCAACUUGUGCUUAAGCUAAGCAAGUAAAUUUCUGAAUGUCAAAUUCUAGUUAGCCUUUAUCUUUUUAUGUUAUGAAGUCACAAAAGGCUAAAGGGCUAUCACCUCUGUGAACUGUUCACAUGUAUUUCACUAGUAUCAUCUUAGAAAAACAUAGUAGACUGUGCUUCUCAAUGCAAUAAUAAAUUAUACUAACUAUGAUAAUUCAGUCAAAGUAAGAUUUGAUUAAUAAGGUAUAUUCUCCUGAAAUUUUUCCAUUUUAGGUUUUGCUUUUUUGAGGCAUUACAUUAUGUUUUUAGUAUAAAUUCAGUUUAAGAUUAAUUUCUGAUUUCCUUAGGAAAGUACAAAAUCAAGAACUGUGCAAAGUCUUUGAGUCUUUACUCAGUUUAAAGCUGCAGUGUGUACUAUCUACGUGCCAGGUGCUGGUUUAAUUGAGGUGAAGGUGUUUUAUCCCUGAGCAGCUGGACAGGGAACUGAAUGAUGUGCCCUGGGACAGGCUUUACUGAAACUGGUGGAAGUGUGACCAAAAACUCAAAGUAAGCCAAAAGGAUGAUGUUGACACCUUUUAUUUGUUCCCAUUACUGUUCUCAGUUGAAUCUAGCCAGCCAGCAUCUAGGCAGGUUCCCUAGGCAAGGUUGUCAUUAACAAUACUAAACAGGUCUUUUACCCAAAAUGGUAUAGUGUAAAAUUGUAAAAAUGUAUUUUAAGCUGCCAGAUUUUUAUAUAUCCAUAUAAUCUUUAGAUUUAUUAUGUAUUUCUCGGUUUUGGUAGCAGGAUACAGCAUUCUCUUUAGAAGAAUAUCCAAGGUGUUUGUUCAGCUUCUAAAUAACACUAUUUGAUUUCCUUUAUAAAGAGGCAAUGCUAGUGAAUUAUGACUUUACUAACUAGAAAUUGUUCCCAGUUGAUGUUUUUGGGGAGCUGAUAGUGUGAAAUGGAAAUUAUACAUUAAAGGGAUACCUCUGUGAAUCCUGUAUGUGCAGUAGAAGGUUCCCCCAAAAAAAUAGCCAUGAAAGAGUUCAAUAUGACAUGCCAGCUGAAUGAAUGUGACAGUACCAUGAUGGGAAAUGAGCAUGUUUGAAAAAGAAGUGCACUCAGCAUUUUGAGCUAACUGUAUAUCAUUCCAGAGACUAGAACCUAACUCAUGGACUAGACCUUUAUAAUGAAACCUCACCAUGUUUAAAAUACUAGAAUAUCUCAAUCUAGAGAUGCAAAAGGAGUGGAGCUUCUAUCCGGUCUGAUAAGCAAUUAUAAUUAUUCCCCUAAAGGUUACUACAGCACUAAUACUAUUGUUUCUGCUGGAGUUCACAGGUUUUUUUCCAGCUUUAUACAAGAUUUUCCUUGGACUAGAAGAAACAAGGACAUAGAAACUGAACAACAAAUUUUACUGUGCCGAGUUAAGGGGAAUAAUAUGCCCAUAGAACUGGGAUUUAUUCUUAGCACAACGUGGUAUUCUUUGGUGAAUAGAAUAAGAAAAUAUACAAUGGUUAUUACUGUCGACUUGCAAGUCAGUCUCUGGCCCUCUUUGUCUCCCUCCCUCCCCUAUAUUCUUUCUCUUGUGGUACUGGCACUGAACCCAUGGCCUCAUGCAUGCUAGGCAAGUGCUCUACUACUGAACUACAUUCCCGACCAACUGAAUUAUAAAUCUCUUAAGGGGAUACUCUGAUAAUAUAUUUGCCUAUCUCUAAAUCUGAGAAUUUUAAUAUUAUUCGUGUUUGAGCUCAGAUCAAGUUCUCUGUACACCAGUAGCUUAAUAUUAAGAAACUGGGAUAUCAUAUAAUCUCAUUUAAUAAAAACUCAAGAUUUUUAUGGUCAGCUGUUGUCUUAGUUCAGGAAAUUAUUUAAUAAUCCUUGGUUACCUAUGAAUAAGGGAAUGAUGUAAUCCUGAUUUCUCUUAGAAUGUGAAUAUUGCCACAAUCAGUUCAGGCAUUUGUUUCAAACAGGCUGCUUUGCAGUCUGCCAAGGAAGCCCAGAGGAAGGGUGUAGUCUUCCUCUGUUGCUGUGUAUGUAUUGAAAUACCUUUUUUUUUUUUUUUUUGCAUUCAUCAUCCAUAAGGAUCUUUCUGAGUCCUGGUAAUAACUGGAGAGGAGUUGGUAUUAGUGCUGCAUGCUCUCCUGCAUGCAGGAUUUUUCUGUUUGGAGGAAAAUGUGGACAGUUACCUUUGACCUUGAGAUUUUGAAUAUUGUUACAGUGCUUAAAUAUAUUUCCAUGUAAUUAAUAGAUACUGAUUCUGUUGCUCUCUAAUAUAAGCUGUAUUUUUAAAUUUGAGUAAUCAUAACUGGAGAUGUCUAGUUGCCUGGAUCCUGGCCUAGGCAUUAUAGUAGCAGUGGCCUUUUUGAGCUUCUUGGAAACAUGGCAGAAAGGAUGUACUGAUUAUCAUCUGCAGACUGCAUAGAAAAUGACUUCUGUUCCCAGUGUUAAUAAUUUUCUUUUGAAGCACAUUCCAGUGAUUGCUGAGAGUGGCAGAUUCACAUCAGAAAUGCUAAGUGUUCUUAUCUGUAGAAUGGAUGCAAUGUAAGCAAUUGUGACAGAAGAUUCCUUCCAGUCACUUCAGCCCAGUCCCAAAACAGGUUUUAGUAGUCAGUGUGGCCCCCAGGGUGACACUGAAGCUUUGCCACUAGCCAGGCUAGCAACCUGUCUAGGUAUCAGCAGCCUGCUUCUUGGGAAGAACUCCUUGAGGAUUUUGGCUUUUAGUAAGUUUUUUUCUAGGACCCACCAUUCCUAACCCCAGGUAGACAAGGUAGAUGUCACCAAAAAAAAAAAAAAAAAUACUUUGAAGUGCUUUGCUUAGAGCAUUUUGCUUAUGAUUACAAAUGCUUAUAUUCUCAUUUAAUAACAGAUUUUACUUCUAGUAAAUUUUAGUAUUUAGAAGAGGUGGGGACUAUCUCUAUGUAAAGUAUGUAACAUUUUAUGAAAGUUAUACCUUAUGUCCUACAUAGUUGCAACAUCAGACCUUGCAUCCCAUGUACAAUGCAAUAGACUCUUCCCAGACCUGUAUUUUUCAGUGAACAAUAAAAAUAUCAUUUG